AUGCAGUUGCAGAUCCCACCCCCUGGCUCACGGGACUCUGGUCGCUCAACAGAGCCCUCCGUUGAGGGUCGAAGCCCCAAGCUCUCAGUGCGAACCGGAGAUUCUGGUGAUCCACUCAAGAUCAUUAGCCCACGGUCCAACAAGACCUUGAAAGACAAAGAACAGAAGAACAAAGCUAGAAGAAGCGCGCCCUUGUACGUUUUGGUGUCAAGGAAGAUUGUUGACAACAGAUAUUUCAUGAUUUUCACCACGCUUCUCACCUUCUAUGCCUUGACGGCGGACGAUUUGAGGAUAAUCCUCACAGAGAAGCCGGCAGACAUAGUAUUCAACAUCAUGGGCUUAGUUUGUAUAGUGGUCUUCACACUGGAGGUGAUCCUCUCCUGCCUGGGGAAGGCCGACUACUACUUAGGGUUUUUCUUCUGGCUAGAUGUCAUCAGCACGGCAACGCUACUGCUUGACCUAACAUGGGUCAGUGAGGCUAUCCAGGGUGGUGGCGAUGGUGGCGAUGCCUCGGAUCUGCGGUCCGGCAGGACAGCAAGAGUUGGAGCCCGUGCUGGGCGAGUAGUUCGAGUGCUCCGACUGGUAAGAAUUCUGAAGCUUUACAAGGCCUAUUAUGAGGCCAAGCAGAGAAGACUCGAACGAGAAAGAAGAAAGAAGUCAGGUGAAGACCUGCAGGAUGACUGGGAUGAAGCAGACUAUGAAGCAGUUGAAAAAGCAGAUGGGAAGGCCAACGAGAGCCGAGUAGGAAAGAAGCUUUCCGAGAUGACAACCAGACGCGUUAUCUGUCUCAUUCUCGCAAUGCUUCUGAUUCUGCCCUUGCUCUCCAAGGAGUCUGCAGAUCAGACUCCAUACUCGGUUAGCUAUGGCGCCAAUGCUGUUUGGAAGGCAUUUCAGGCCAAGAUGGGGAACACCUCAUCUGCAGCGCAGCUUGCCACAACGUCGUACGACGAUGCGCUCCUUGACUACAUCUACUACCACAACUGGUACGUUGCAAACCAUCAAGCGAUGUAUUGUCCUGCUGCAAACUGCGCUGGAAGGUUUCUAGGCUCAUUGUUCUGGAUUGGCCUGGCAGGACCUCUGGGCAGUGUGGACUUCAGUUCCGUGUUGCAGUACACGCAGCUGAAUACCACGGUUGUGGCUGCCUUUGAGAGCAACCAGAUCGCCUCGUACAGCAACCAGGACUUGUGGAUGGCGCUUGGAACGUUGCCAUCUGAAGUGAAGGCAGUUCUUUCCGAGCCCUGGACACAGUCGUGUGCGACGUCGACGACUGACCUCCUCGGCUUGUCGCUGAUCAAAGCGGUUAUCAGCGGACUGAACCACCACCAGGUGGCAUGUCCGCUGGAUCUCCGGGCGACGGAGAUUCAGGCAUAUGCCUCCCAGCUUAUAGCUCCUGGCCAGCCAUAUUACCUCACUUUCUACUAUGACAUGCGCCCUUUCAAUCGACAGACUUCGGCGUUCAGCUUGGGCGUGACGUUCUUCGUGAUGGUCCUUCUCGUCACGGCGUCACUCAUGUUUACUAGCGAUGCGAAUCGACUGGUGCUUCGGCCUGUUGAGAAGAUGAUUGAGCGCAUCGAGGCCAUUCGAGACAAGCCUUUACUGGCAAUGAAGAUGGCUGAUGAUGAGUUCAAGGCCGAGGAAAUCAAAAAGGCGCGCAUGAUCAGGAACAAGCAGAAGCCCUUCACUAGAAUCGCCAUGGAAGCUUCCAGGCUGUGUGCCUCUCGACAAGAGGUCAUGGAGACAGUGAUUUUGGAGAAAACCAUCAUCAAGCUUGGAUCUUUGCUCGCCCUGGGCUUUGGAGAAGCUGGCGCCGACAUCAUCGGCAAGAACAUGAGCGGCUCCGACUCUGCUGGUGUGAAUGCCAUGGUGCCAGGGCGCAAGUGCGAGUGUAUAGUUGGCAUUCUUCGCGUGCGCGACUUCAGCACUGCGACGGAGGUCCUUCAGGCCAAGGUCAUGAUGUUCUCCAACCAAAUAGCGGAAAUCGUCCACGGAGUCUGUAACGAAUUCCAUGGAGCUCCGAACAAAAACACUGGCGACUCCUUCCUGGUCAUCUGGAAGGAGAGCAAUGAUGCAGGACUCGGACUAGAUUGUUCCGAGCUGAUGCAGAAGUACGCCGAAGGUGCCAUUGUUUCCUCUGCCUGCGUUAUUGGUGCUGUGCACCAUUCGCCUCUUCUUGGCAGCUACAGAGAACACCCUGGGCUACAGUAUCGGCUGGGCUCCAACUGCCGGGUGCACCUCAGCGUUGGCCUUCACAAAGGAUGGGCCAUUGAAGGUGCAGUCGGCAGCGAGUUCAAAAUCGAUUGUUCAUAUUUGUCGCCGAACGUGAGCAUUGCCACGUCCAUCGAGCGAUCCACUGAAGCCUAUGGAGUGUCGGUCAUGGUAGCGCAAUCAGUCGUUGACCUGUGUGACUACCCCAUUCGGUCCCAGUGCCGAUUGAUUGACAAAGUCAUCGUGCGAGGUUCUCCAGCACCGAUGGAGCUGUACUGUGUCGACCUGGACUACAUGAGUGUGGAAGUGGACUACACGAUGCGACCCAAGGUUCCCUGGAACACUCGCCAGAGGUUCAAGGUUCGACAGCAGAUUGAGCAAGAAAAGAAGGAAGUACUCCAGAAGGAUUUGGCAGACAUCUUCGUGACAGAUGAGGUGAUUCUGCAAAUGCGGGAACGCUUCACCGUGGAGUUCUUCCAGCUUUUCAAUAUGGGCUACCAGAACUACUCGCAAGGGGAAUGGCAGGUGGCGCGGCGAAUGCUGAUGCACAUUAAGAGCGAAGUAGCACAUGAAGAUGGCCCCAGCACGGCCUUGCUGAAGUUCAUGGAGGCGCCUUAUGGCUUCGAGGCGCCGAAAGGAUGGCAAGGCAUCCGUGAGCUGGUCUGUUAA